AUGGGUAAAUCCGCUAGCAACACUUCUCACGCCGUCCAAGCCGGAAACAAAGCUAUCAUCAUCUCUCCAUGGCAACACAAGGUCAUCGAAGUCACUCCUUUGAACAAGUUCGGUGGCCAGUGCAGCUUCAACGGUGUGAUGAACGGCGAAGUGUCGUUGAACGACCGCUAUCUACACCAGGUUGCCGUUGUGGAAAAAGGCGAGUUCGUUGGUUUCAGAGACGAAUAA